AGUCUGCAUGGUAAACUAUUUUUGUCUCAUGAACUAUUUUCAGUUUUCGUUAUUUUCGAUGAAAAAUUCGAUUUGUUCGCGAAUUUCUUUCAUUUUCCGGCCAAAACGCGAACACGAUCUUUUCGCAUAAGUUAUUCAGUAUCAACCAGGAAUUGUGCACGUUACGUUUAAAAAAAUUACAAAACCACGGAAACCUAUUUCAUAUUCAUCGACCAGGCCAAUAUGACAUUGAACGCAAAUAGAGGGAAAAUAUCUGCAUGACAAUACGCCACAUUGUAACGUGAUCAGUGUCACACACUAUUUUCAAUUCAGGUUUCUUGAAUAAAUGAAUGAUUUGUUCGUGGUGCGAUCAAUCGUUUGAAAAGGAAAGAAGCAAGACCAAGCAAGCGUUACUUAAAAAGUGAAAAGAAAAAUCUUGCACAGGAAAUGCGAUGAAGUGAACAAAUAGGCACUUCCUUUCACGCGAAUGCGUGGUUUAUGGAAUCCCCCACGUGAUCAUAAUACUAAGGAAUGAUUGGUGAAUUGUAUUCGUGGACGCCACGGCGUGCUUCACCGCUCCUUACCCCUCCAGUGAAGACAAGGCUUACUUGCAUUUCAAUGAUUUCGACAAUGAAAACUUCGUUUCUUUUAUGCAGAAAUUUACGGAUUUAGUAGUUUGAAGUGCGUGGUUGGAGGUUAUGGGUUUCUACCGCGGUAAAAGCUACUGAAAAACUGAUGUUUUACGCCAGCUACGUCGCCUUGCAGCCCGACCAUCUAUCUGGCCUUUUGUUUUUGUUGUGAGCUUGAAAAUUCACUUCUGUCACUCGUGUAGGUUAUUUUUAGGCCGAAAUUGAAAAAGUUGGCGAAGUUGGCCAGUAAUAUGCUCAAUGGUUUCCCAGGUGGAUGUCUUGAGCGAUCGAGAAAAGGACAUUUUAACGAAUUAUGACAGCCGUUUGUACGGAUUUCUGCGAAUUCAAGACCCCAUUGGAGAUCCUGCUCUGCCUGAUCUGAACCACAAAUCAUUGUUGCUUAAGGGUGUAGGUUUUUUCGAGAAGGAGCUGCAACAAGAAGGCAAGGGAAUUCACCCGUCUGCUUUCUGCAAACUGGGACACAUUCACCUGUUGCUGGAGGACUUUCCCAAAGCUCUCUCGGCGUAUCAGAAGUUUUUCAACGUUCAACAAGUUGAUUAUUGGAAGGUAAGAUAUUUCAUUUUUCGCGCACUCGUUAGCUCCCAUGAUUGCAUACAAUUUUUGAUCAUUCGUAUAUCAAUAAACGAGGGUUUAAUGCAUUAUUUGAGUUUAUUUUCAACCAAGACUCUUGUUGAAACAAAUGGUGAUCACCAAGUGGAAGUGAGAACACAGAGACUUCAAGCCUCAGAUGAAAACUGGGACACUAAUGGUGAAAAGAAAGUUUGGCUUUGUGAGAGUAGCAGGUCAUUCACAACAAUUGCAAAGUACGCUCAGUAUCAGGCCAAUUCAUUUCAGGAGUCUUUGAAGGAAGAGCAGGAAAGACUGUCAGGCAUUAAAGAGCCAUCGCAUUCAGACAGUGAUUCCUCUUCAAGCUCAAAAAAAUGGAAAACACAGCUUCAAGAGCUCACUAAACUUCCACCAUUUGCUAAGGUUGUAACUCCAGCGAACAUGUUGAGUCAUAUUGGUCACACAAUUCUCGGAAUGAAUUCAGUGCAGUUGUACAUGAAGAUACCAGGGUGCCGGACACCAGUGGAAAUUUGCAUUAUGCUAAUCAAGGACAUGCCAAAAGUGAAUUUAAUUAUUUCCUUUUCAAACAGGGCAAUAAAGAUAUUUCAGCAAGUUCUUUACAUUGAUCCCAGCUUUAAUUGUUCCAAUGAAGUUCACCUCAGGUUGGGAAUCAUAUUCAAAGCACAAGGCAGCUGUGAGGCUAGUAUAAAACACUUUCAGAUGGCACUUAUGGAUUCCAGUCCCUGCUCACUGUCAAAAGUAGAAAUUCGUUUUCAUCUGGGUCACCUUUUUGAGAUGCAGAACAAGUGUGAUUUAGCCCAAGAAAUGUAUGAAACAAUCAUAGAGACUCCCAAUGCACCGAACACUGUCAGGGCCAAUGCAUAUAAACAACUGGGGUGGAUGUAUUACAACAAGGAACACCUUGGAGAUAGAACUUCAAGAAUGGAAAAAGCUGUUCAGUUGUUACUGAAGGCUAUUGAGACAGAUCCAAACAGUGGUGCCGCAUGGUAUCUUAUAGGCAGGUGCUAUGCCAUGCAAGGAAAAGUGCAUGAUGCCUUUACGUCUUAUCGCCAUGCCAUUGAUAAGUCAGAAGCCAAUGCCGACACGUGGUGCUCUAUAGGAGUGUUGUACCAGCAACAAAAUCAGCCUAUGGACGCAUUGCAGGCCUAUGUGUGUGCCAUACAGUUAGACCCCACACAUGUGGCUGCAUGGACUGACUUGGGUAUUCUUUAUGAGGCCUGUGAACAGCUUAGUGAUGCUAUUGCUUGUUACAGUGCAGCCAGGAGAUAUGGUGCCACAGACAGCACUAUAGAGGCACGAGUCAAGGCACUACAGGCUCAGUUAGCUAUGAUGCCACAGCAGGAAGAAGCACAGAAAAAGAAUAUUCCAUCUGUUGAUGAAGCUUGGAAGCUACCCAUUCCUGCUGAGCUUACAACAAGAACAAUAAGGAAUGCACAGGUAAAAUUGUUGACCAGUGGGCAAUUACAAGGACUGCAACAGCAACAACUGCAACAAAUUUAUCUACAACAACAACAGCAAGCACAACAUCAACAGCAACAAGGCAGCACAGAACAAGUUAAUGUGUCUAUUUCCUUGGAAAAUACAGCCGCCAUUCCAACUAAGAAUAUGACGAACCAUGUUUCAUUGCAGGGUAUGAAAGGAGAAAAUCAUGAACAUGUUGGUUCAAGUCAGCUCAAUCGGGCUUCUGUUCCAGGUCCAAGUUCACUAGACAACUGGUCUGAUACAGCUCAAUCAUACAAUGGUCAAAAUGUCGUGUCGACAGGCUCAGACAAUCAGUUUGCUAAGCCCGCACAAAGUGAUGCACAGUCAAGUACCUCAUGUAUCACUACACAAGGAACCUCUGAUUCAGUUGCUCCCAUGUUGAUCACACAAUCAGUAACUGGGCCAUUUUCACAAUCAGAGUCACUUCUAACAGAUGUUCAUAGUAACUCAUCUGUGUCUGCUAUGGAAACAUCCAUUGCACCAGCAGAUCACAUGAUGCAAGUGACUAGCCAUCAGAAUUCUAUAGCAGGGCCUGAUACAGCCAUGCUGUCAUCACUUCCGGCAAACUUUGUUUCAACCUCGUCUAAUGUACUGCUUAGUCAGAGUGUUGUUAGUAGUCAAGGGACAACUCUUCUCUCUAGUGAAUCACUGACUACAGGUUCUUCAAGCACGACUGAACCUUCCUUACCCAGUGGAAUGGAUACAACGCUAUUGGGGGAAAUAAAUUGCUCUGCCGAUAUAAAGCCCAGUCCAUUAACAGGGAAUAGCGAUCCCACUUUGAGCAAUGGCCCUAUCUCAACGUAUGCAGGAUUUUCAAGUUCCACUGGAUGUGCAAGUGGAAUGACCAUUUCUCCAUUCUCCUCUCCGAGUUACGUCAUGUCUCCCACACAGAAAUCACCUUUUCACACAACUUCAACUCUGUCGCCAAGUUUAACUCAACCUCUUUCUAUCAUCAACCCAGGCUGUUUAUCUCCAAGUUCAGGUCUACAGGGAGGACAAUCAACAUUCUCGCCGACUCUGAUACCAGCUGACCUUUUGUCUCCAUCAAAACAGCUUGCAGUUGUCUCGCCUGGCUCAUCCAAGUCACCAUUUAAUCUUAGUUCAGGAGGAGAUAAUUUGGCGGUCCCCAAGUUGAACUUAUUGUUUGAUCCGAAUGCAAUUCCGCACCCACCACCCACCCCAACACCACCUCUUCCAACAGACAAGUUGUCGCCACAGACGCCAAUUAUUUAUGUUGAGAACAAGAAGGAUGCAUUCUCACCAGUACUUCAAAACAUGGUGAUGAAUAACUCCAAUCCAGUUCUAGUGAUUAGAGGCUUAGCAGCAGCACUUAGAUUAGGUUUGUAUAUCAGUGUAAAAUCAGGGCUGGAAGAAGAGCAGGAAAGACUGUCAGGCAUUAAAGAGCCAUCGCAUUCAGACAGUGAUUCCUCUUCAAGCUCAAAAAAUGGUAAAAAAGGAAAAGGAAAGAAAUUUAAAUGGAUCAAGUUUGGUACUAAUGUUGACCUCUCUGAUGAAAGAAAAUGGAAAACACAGCUUCAAGAGCUCACUAAACUUCCACCAUUUGCUAAGGUUGUAACUCCAGCGAACAUGUUGAGUCAUAUUGGUCACACAAUUCUCGGAAUGAAUUCAGUGCAGUUGUACAUGAAGAUACCAGGGUGCCGGACACCAGGUCAUCAAGAAAACAAUAACUUCUAUGCUAUAAACAUCAACAUUGGUCCUGGAGACUCAGAGUGGUUUGCGACACCUACCGAAUACUGGGGAGUCCUACACAACCUGUGUGAAAAGAACAACGUGAACUUUCUAACAGGCUCGUGGUGGCCCAUUUUAGAGGAGCUUUAUGAGGAACGUGUUCCAGUGUACAGAUUUAUCCAGAGGCCUGGUGACCUAGUCUGGCUCAGUCCUGGAGUUGUUCACUGGGUACAGUCAUCGGGUUGGUGUAACAACAUUGCGUGGAAUGUAGGACCGCUAAUGGAGAGUAUGUACAAUGCUGCCAUUGACAGAUAUGAGUGGAACAAACUACAAGGUGAAAAGUCCAUCGUUGCAAUGCUACACCUGUCAUGGAACCUGGCAAGAAAUGUCAAAAUCACAGAAAGAAAACUUUUCGAACAUAUCCGAGUGGUGCUGGCCAGGUCGCUCAAGUACUGCCAGGUUACCGUGGAGAAACUAAAGCGUUCUGGGAUUGAAGUGAUGUGGCAUGGAAAGACACACAAUGAAGGCUCCCACUACUGUGCUCACUGUGAGGUGGAGGUGUUCAAUAUACUGUUCGUGACCGACAACAAGAAGCAUUUAGUUUAUUGUCAAGACUGUGCCAGAAAAACGAGCAUCAAUCUGGAUGGAUUCAUUGUCCUUAAUCAGGUGGGACAUAGUCUAAGUUUGUUAACUUACAAAGGACUAUUACUGAGCUAUGAACAAAAAAAGCAACAGUCACAGUGACAGCAAAAGCAAGCACAGACAAACAAAACUCAUUUUAUCAACGUCGGGUCAAGCAAGAAGUAGAUUUAACUAUUGCCUUUAUGCCCCCCUCCCCUGGGGCGGGGGGAGGUACUCCUAUAUGUGGGCUAUAUAGGUAUGUGCCGCGGGACAGGGUACCGCAGGAUUUUUGAGGUUCUCGAUCCACAGAGCGGAUCAUUUUUGCACUUGUUGGCAUCGUGUUCCCGGUGUGAUCCUUAGACGGGAUACCUAAAUUGUAUAAUUUAAAAUUCCAGAGCGUAAAUGCCCAGCUAAACGAAAAACAAAUGUAUGCUUAACACGUAACUUCCAGUGUUACAGAAACGAAAUAACGUCGACCCACUCAUACCAUUCUUAGUUUUUGUUUUUCCCUUGUAGCGGCACACACCUAUCCGAAAUUUACGGGUGUACCCCGGGAAGGGGGACCUUCGCGUUGUCAAGCUAGUAGGGAGGUGAUUUUACACGUCUUUUAACGACUCGGAAAAGAGUGCAAGGG